AUGACUGAUGUUCUCGAUGAACCAUCGUCAAAGAAACCGAAACUGUCAUCACCAUCAGACUUUGAUGAUGAUCCGUUGAGUGAAUUGGAGAAAUUGGAGCCGUUGCCGUCCAUCCUGGAGACGAUGUCUCAAGCACCAUCAAGUGUUCAUAUGUCGGCGAAUAAUGGACCCGGACCAUCAUCAGUUGGUUCCACUGGCGCUACAAGUCAACCACCCUCAGUUAGCCACGGAAAUUACAUGGGACCAGCGUCAGUGAUACAGUCUCAAGCCGGUGCACCAGCGCAAACACACAAUGCGCAAUCACAACAAAAUGCUCCAUCACAACCCAGUGUUUUGCAAGAAUUGUUAUUAAAUCCUUCCAGCCAAAAUAAUCAAACUUUAAAUAGCCCACGACCACCAUAUACCACUCAGUAUCAGACAAGGAGUCCAGUAACAAGUGGUGCCACGAUGAUGGCAUCAGCAAAUUGUCCUCCAAAUGUAGCUCUUUCUGCCGGACCACGAGGUUUACGAGCCACCGGACCUCAAAUGUACGGGCCUGCAGGUCACACCGAUAUGACUAUGCAACCGGGUGCUGGUCCUCAACUAGGUCAUCCAGCUCAACAAGGCAACUACGUUGCCUCACAAAUGAUGCCACCGCCUAAUCAACAAUCUCCACAGUCUCUUUCAUAUGCUUAUCAGCAAUCCGGUUCUCGACCAGUAUAUGCAAAUACAGGUUCUCGGGCGGUUUAUGCGGCCGCUACACGCAGCGCAACACCACAGCCUAUGAGUUUGGCACGAGGCAGUGCACCCGUAAUGCUUAAUGGAGCUUCGGCUCCCCGAAUGAGAGCUGCUACUCAUCAAGGUAUGAUAACAAUGCAACAGGGAGGUGGACAAAUGAUGCGAACGGUCAUGGUCCAGCAGGGGCCACCAUAUGAUCAAGGUGGUUAUACUAUGCCACCUCAACGCGCGUCUGAUCCGUACGGUAUUUCGCAAACGCAAACCGGAGCAUCACCAAAUUAUGCACAAUUGCCACAAGGCCAUAUGGUAGCAAGAAAUCAACCAAUGCCUUAUACUAAUGCACCAACUGCAUCACCAGCGAUUCAACAAAGUAGUGCGAUGAUACCACAUAUGAUGGAACAUUCGACAAUAUCGUCACAACAGCAACCAAAUCAGCAGCCACCACCACCACCAUCAUCAUCAUCAUUAACCCACGGAAAUGUAAUGCCACCACAGAUGAAUGCACAAUCAGCAGCGGUAGCAGGAGCUCCUGGUCCAAUGGCUGGUCCGAAAUCUGGAAUACCGCCGAAUUUGCCGCCACCUCAGAUGCCACCAGCAAAUGCUUCAGCUUCUAGCCAAAUACAGCAAUUUACUGGCAUGAAUAACAAUGCACCAAGAGAAGGCGCAUCAAUGAGCAGUACACUUCCAACUAGUGGUACGCAAGGGAAUAAUCAAGAUCCUGGACGAAGAAAGCUUAUUCAGUUACAGUUGGUACUACUUUUACAUGCCCACAAAUGCCAACAACGAGAGCGAUCUGCGGAUGGCGCAAAUGGACGAUACACUUGCACUUUGCAACAUUGUUCAACGAUGAAAGGUGUAUUGCAACAUAUGACAACGUGCAAUAGUGGAAGCGCUUGUAGUUAUCCUCACUGUCCAUCAUCACGACAAAUUAUUUCUCAUUGGAAGAACUGUGUGCGUGAUGACUGUCCAGUUUGUACACCCUUGAAGAGUAGGCAAAAUGUAGCGCAAGCAGUGGACCGACGUACUGUUCCCGGUACCGAACCGUUUGGAACUACUGGAGCAGGAUCUGCGCAACAGGUGCCAUGUGGUCCAGGCAAUGCCGCAGAUAUUGAUAAUGUUGGAAUGCCAAAUCGAAUCAGUGCACAGCAGCAGCAGCAACAACAACAACAACAACAACAGCAACAGCAACAACAGCAGCAGCAACAACAACAGCAGCAGCAACAACAACAACAGUCUGGUCCUGGCGCAGCUUUGCUACCAAAUACAAAUUCACAUAAUAUGCCGGCUUAUGAUUCUUCUGGAUCCACAUCAAUCAACGCUUUUUUAAUAGAUUUCAACCCCACAAGCGAUCCGUUUCGAUCACCGAAUCCACCAAACAAAUUGGUGCCAUCAUUAGGGAAAGGUUCCGGUAUUUUCAUUACUUCCAAGGACAUCAUUGGCUUACCACCUCCGGAUGCACCGGUAGUUAAGAAACCGUGGCAGAAUGCAGUGACUGAAGAUCUGCGUAAUCACUUGGUUAGGAAACUUGUGGAAGCAAUAUUUCCGUCACCUGAUCCUGCGUCCAUUCACGAUCAACGCAUUAAAGAUCUGGUGAAUUAUGCGCGAAAAGUUGAAAGGGAAAUGUUCGAAUUGGCCAAUGAUCGCGGAGAAUACUAUCAUUUGCUUGCGGAGAAAAUUUAUAAGAUUCAAAAGGAAUUACAAGAGAAGAAAAUUAAGAGAUUACAUGAACAAGGACAAGUGGGUGCCGUGGCUGGCAUGCAACCACCCCAGCCAGGUGUUGACUUUGAUAUGCCUGGACCACCGAACCGAACUACGCCGUCAUUCCAACCAAGCACCAGUACCGGCACACCACAAAUGAAUGGGCUGUCUACCUCUAUAAGUGGGAAUGCAAUGACGAAUGGUCAGGUAAUAACUUCAGGGAUAAAAAUGGAAGUGCCUGGUGAUGUGGCAAUUGGUACCGAGUCAUCAGCAGAUGCCUCUGGAUGCUGUUCAAAACCUGGAACAUCGAAUACAGCAAGUGCAGAAAAAGCGAAAGUUUCUGUGAAUGCAGUUAAAACGGAAAUAAAAGUUGGCAAAGCUGAUGGUAAAGGAGAAAUAAAAGUUGAAGAAAAAAAAGAAUUACCGGAUAAGGUAUUUGAUGCCAAUGAAUUACGAAAUAAUUUGAAACCGGUUGUGGAUAAGCUUCUUAGUAUGGAAGAAUCAAUACCGUUCAGAAUUCCUGUCGAUCCAGAUAUUCUCGGCAUACCGGAUUACUUUGAUAUUGUCAAGAAACCUAUGGAUCUAUCAACAGUAAGCCGAAAACUGGAUACAGGUGAAUAUAAGAACCCGUGGGAUUUCAAUGAUGAUAUGUGGUUAAUGUUCGAUAAUGCUUGGCUCUAUAAUCGGAAGAAUUCAAAAGUUUACAAAUACUGCAAUAAGUUGAGUGAAGUGUUUGUGGAGGAAAUCAAUCCCGUAAUGCAAAAAAUGGGUUAUUGUUGUGGCCAAAAAUUGUCGUUUACACCACUGGCAUUGUUUUGUUAUGGCCAGUCGAUGUGUACAAUUGCACGUGAUCAAACAUAUCAUGUUUAUGAGACAACAUCAACUCAAUAUGGUGUAACAGUUUCGGAGCGUUACACUUAUUGUACGAAAUGUUUUGAAGCUCUGCCAGAAAGCGGCAUAAGUUUGAGUGAAAAUCCAAAUGAUACAACUAAUAUGGUGCCAAAAUCCAAAUUCGUACAAAUGAAGAACGAUCAAAUUGAUUUCGAGCCAUUUGAAAAAUGUAUAAAAUGUUUCCGAAAAUGGCAUCGAGUAUGCGCGCUUUUCAACAAGAAAGUUUUCCCGGAGGGAUUCAUUUGCGCUACAUGUCGUCGCGAGAAAAAUCUGGCACCAGCAGAAAAUCGUUUUACAGCCAAGAAAUUGCCGCAUUGCCAAUUGUCACGAUUUAUUGAAGAACGUGUCAAUAAAUUUAUGAAGAAUAAUCCUGCUGGCAAGGAUUACGAAGUUAUCAUUCGUGUACUUUGUGCAGCUGACAAAGAAGUGGAAGUAAAACCUUUGAUGAAACAAAAAUAUGGACCUCUUGGUUUUCCGGAAAAAUUCCCUUAUCGAACAAAAGCAAUUUUUGCUUUCGAAGUUAUUGAUGGUGUGGAAGUUUGUUUUUUCGGUUUGCAUGUGCAGGAAUAUGGAAGCAACUGCCCACCACCAAAUAAAAGACGAGUAUAUAUUGCCUACUUGGAUUCGGUGCAUUUCUUUCAACCUCGGCAGUUACGUACGGAAGUAUACCACGAAAUCUUGCUGGGUUAUCUAAAUUAUGCAAUGAUGUUGGGUUAUACAAUGGCUCACAUUUGGGCAUGUCCACCAUCCGAGGGUGACGACUACAUUUUUCACUGUCAUCCACCAGAACAACGAAUACCGAAGCCUAAACGCCUUCAAGACUGGUAUAAAAAAAUGCUUGAUAAAGGUGUUGGCGAACAUACGGUUUUUGAUUACAAAGAUAUUUACAAACAGGCCCGAGAUGAGAAUUUGGUAACUCCAAUGGAAUUGUCCUACUUCGAAGGGGAUUUUUGGCCAAAUGUAAUCGAGGAUUGCAUUCGUGAAGCACAAAAUGAAGAACAAGAACGCAAGCGCCAGGAAGAAGCAGCACGCCAGGAGCAACAAAAUGCUGAGGAUGAAGAUGGUGAUGAUAUUUUCCAUGAUGGCGAUAACGGGAAAAGUAAAAAGAACAGCAAAAAGAAGAAUAAUUUGAAAAAGGGUAACUCAAAGAAUAAGAAAAAGGUUUGUUCACAAACGGGCAAUGAAGUCACGGAUAAGCUGUACAUAAACUUCGAGAAACAUAAAGAAGUAUUUUUUACUAUUCGAUUAAUGAGCCCACAGUCGGAAUUAUCAGCACAGAACAACGAAAUUAAGGACCCCGAUCCAUUAAUAGCAAGCGAUCUUAUGGAUGGGCGUGAUACAUUCUUAACACGUGCUCGUGAUGAACACUGGGAGUUUUCCUCGUUACGACGCGCCAAAUAUUCCACAAUAUGCUUUUGUCACGCAUUACACAAUCAAGAGAAAAGUGAAGGACUUUCGUACACGUGCAAUAGUUGCCAAGGAACAGCUAUUUGGCAUUGUACAACUUGUGAAGAUUUCGAUCUUUGCAAUAAAUGUUAUGAAACAAUGUCGCAUCCACACAAAUUAGAGAAAGUCAGUACACUGGUAGAAGUAGAGGAUAAGCAUGAUGCAACCAAUUCACGAACUGAAAGCAUUCAACGUUGUAUUCAAUCAUUGGUACAUGCGUGUCAAUGUCGCGAUGCAAACUGUCGACGUUCAACGUGUCACAAAAUGAAGCGUGUAGUACAGCAUACUAAAGGUUGCAAAAAGCGACAAAAUGCAAAUUGUGCUAUUUGCAAACAGCUUAUUGCUUUAUGUUGUUAUCACGCCAAACAUUGCAAUGGAACUUCAUGUCAGGUUCCAUUCUGCUUGAAUAUUCGCCAGAAACUACAAGAACAACGAAGGUCACAGAAUCGUCGUGCUGACAUGAUGAUGCGUCGCCGCAUGGAUAUGCUUUCUAGUGGUUAUGGUGGAACGAGCACACCAGGUCCCUCGCAGUCUGGUGGACCAACUAGUGCGAUGAAUAUGUCUCAGACUGUGACAGCUCAUCACAGUACUGGACCAAUGCAAACUUAUCAGGGUACAAGUAUGACACAUAUGCAGCACAUACAAAUGGGACAACCGCAGGGAGUGAUGUCACCUAACCAACAGCAGAUGGCACAAAUGCAGCAGUUACAGCCACAUCAGUACCAGGCGCAUGGAAAAGGUGGUGCUGGCAAUUCACAAAUACACAUGAUAGGCGUCCCUACCACAAUGCAGCAAAGCCAUACCAUAUCACAAGUUCAGCAGCAACAGGCUCCACAUCAGCAAGGCGUACGCAUGAACAUGACAUCACAAUUGGGUGGCAUGCAAAGACCAGGACUGGUUGGACAAAUGCAACAUGCUCAACAACCGAUGAAUCCUCCACCAUAUGGACGUGGUGCUGCACAGCAAAACACUUGUGGUAUGUCCGGAACUGCAGGACCAUCCUCUAGCUACGGAGGUAAUGCUGGGCAACCAAUGAUGCUUGGACAGUCUAUACCACAGAACUCACAGUCACAGCCAAUAAUGCAACAAGGGAUACAAAAUUUACGAGCGAAAGUUUAUACUGGACAGCCGAUUGAUCGUACUGCGUUGCAACAAGAUCCUCAGGUGCAAGCAAUACUAACGAGGUUUAAAAAUGCAGAACGAGCGGAAGAUAAAGACAAAGUACUGAAUGACUUGAAGAAAAUGCCUCAUCUUUUUGCCGCUUUUAUCAAAAUGACGAACAAUGAAAGGAGUGCUGGAGACAUUCCACAAAGUUUAAAUCAGCAACAGCUUAGUGCCAUACAGCAGCAGCAACAGCAGCAUCAGCAACAACAGGGAAUGAUAAGGCAGCCUCAAAUGGUAACUCAACAAAGUGGGCAAUGGCAACAAGGGACAGUUUCACAGCAACAGUAUUAUCAACACCAGCAAUCCCAAGUAUCGCAAAGUGGCCAGCAACAACCUCGCGGCCCGGGUGGUCAGUACGCUUCGAUGAGUUCACAGGGUCAAAUGGCCGGUACUGCAAUGACACAACCGCAAUGGCAGCAGCAGUUUCAGCGGAAUCCACAACCUGUGAGCCCAGCUAUGCAGUCUCAGUUUAGUCAGGUCCGUUCACCACCUGUUGGACGUUCACCAUCCGUCAGCAACGUCACUCAGUCACCAAUGAUGCAACCUGGUGCAGCGCAGCCUGGUGUUCAACAAAUGCAACAAGGGGCAGUUAAUCAAGAUCAGCAACCAUACAGAUAA